AUGACCACCACAGUUAAAAAUCGUUCUGAUAUGUCUGGCGGAAUUCGAGCUUGUGUCGAAUAUCCUUCAAACACCAUGUUUGAUCGCAGGGAUCUGGGGAUUCGCAUGCAGCGAUCCGCUGUGGUUCAUUUGCUAUGCAACCAGGAUCUCAUUCCUCUCCAGUCAGGCUCGUUCUCGCAGACACCCGUGGCUAACCUACUCGCUCCAAGACCCACCGCUUCACCGACCACCCUCACACCGAUCCCCAGCGCGGCCCCGCCCAGUCCCCCCCCACCACUCCCAUCCGCCGCCUACUCCCCUCUACAUCGCCCUUUCUCGCCCCCUGCAAACUCAACUACGUAUCACCAACAGAAAAUCCUCAACCUCGUCCAGUUCAUCAACUCAACCCAACACAGCCCCCCAGAUGCACCGUCACACAAUCCGGACGCGCUGCAGCACACAUCAUUCACCUGCCCCCUACUCCCCGCAUCAACCCCCACCUCCACGCGACCUACCCGUAUUCCACUUUAA